GGUCACGCUAGGCGGCGCAGAGGAUCCCAGCCUGAAGGCCGCGGUGGCGUGACUGAAAAACUUUUUGAGUCAGGUCGUGCCUUAGGUCGACUGAAUCGACGGACGGCGACCCUGUAGUCGCCCAGUGUCCUUGGCCUGCCCUUUUCAGGCUCUUGUGAGCGUCGCGUGCCCGCGUCCGCGUCCCUGCGCAACAUGCAGGCGGUGGCCCUCGAGGCGCUCCGCGCGUUCCGCCCGCGGCCUAUGUUAUGUCUGCUUUUCCUGCUUCUACUUCUGCUGCUGCAGCGAGUAACCCGCACCCAGGCCGCGCCGGACACCGUGCCAGACACCAUGCCGGACACCAUGCCGGACACCAUGCUGGACACCACCCCGGACGCCACCCCAGACACCACUCCGGACACUGCGCCAGCCACCCCCAGCACUCAGACCUCAUCUGGCACCCUCGAGGUUCCCACCACUCCUGACUCCUUGACCACGCUGGGCACCCCCAGUGGCCGUGACCUGCGAGGUCGUGCGAGAGCCCUGAUGCGGGAAUUCCCACUAGUGGACGGCCACAACGACCUGCCUAUGGUCCUGAAACAGCGUUUCCAGAACCAGCUGCAGGAUGUGAAUCUACGCAAUUUCAGCCACAGCCAGACCAGCCUGGAUAAGCUGAGGGAUGGCCUCGUGGGUGCCCAGUUCUGGUCGGCCCACGUUCCAUGCUAUACCCAGAACAAGGAUGCUGUGCGCCUCACCCUGGAGCAGAUUGACCUCAUCCACCGCAUGUGUGCCUUUUACUCUGAGCUGGAACUGGUGACCUCAGCUGAAGGUCUCAAUAGCACUCAAAAGCUGGCCUGCCUCAUUGGUGUGGAGGGUGGUCACUCACUGGACAGCAGCCUCUCUGUGCUGCGCAGUUUCUAUCUGCUGGGAGUGCGCUACCUGACACUGACCUUUACCUGCAGCACACCCUGGGCAGAGAGUUCCACUAAAUUCAUAUAUGAUCCCUACACUAAUGUCAGCGGGUUGACGAGCUUUGGUAAGAAAGUGGUACAGGAAAUGAACCGCCUGGGCAUGAUGAUAGACUUGUCCUAUGCCUCAGACAACUUGGCAAGAGAGACCCUGAGGGUGUCUCAGGCUCCUGUGAUCUUCUCCCACUCAGCUGCGAGGGGCGUAUGUGACACUUACCUGAAUGUUCCUGAUGACAUCCUACAGCUUCUGAAGAAGAAUGGUGGCAUUGUGAUGGUGACCCUGUCCAUGGGGGUGCUGCACUGUAACCUGUUUGCUAACGUGUCCACUGUGGCAGAUCACUUUGACCACAUCAAGGCAGUCAUCGGAUCUGAGUUCAUUGGAAUUGGUGGAGAUUAUGAUGGGUCUGGCCGGUUCCCUAAGGGGCUGGCAGAUGUGUCCACAUACCCGGUGCUGAUAGAGGAGCUGCUGAGUCGGGGCUGGAGUGAGGAGGAGCUUCAAGGUGUCCUUCGAGGAAACCUGCUGCGGGUCUUCAGGCGAGUGGAGCAGGUGAGCAAGGAAAGCAGUGGGCUGAACCCCAUGGAAGCAGAGUUUCCAGACAGGCAGCAGAGCCCGUCCUGCCAUUCGCACCUCCUGCCUCAGCAGAAUAGUCACCAGAGGGUGACUGGGCCAACCAACCUGGUCUCCCAGAGCCGCUCAGAAACUGUUCCAGGCCUCAUGAUUGCUGCCACCCUCCCUGUCCUCAUCCUCUGGUUCUGAUGACCAGGUCAGUCCCAAAGAAGCCAUCAUGGCAAAGUCCCCCUUCUAGAAAGCCAGACCCCACCAAGCAUAUGGACGAGAAUAAACAUUUGAAACUUGGAG